CUCGGAAGAGAGAAAACCCUCAAAAACCAAACCCAAUCAGUUCCGGAAUCCUUCUCUUCUUCUCUAUAUAAAACCCAAUCCCAUCAGAUUCAGCGUCUUACUUAAUCUUUGUUUGUUUAUUUCAAUCCUAUACUCCGGAUUUUCUCUUCUCUAUUUCAAGUUAUUCAGAUCGAGGUAUGCAGCAGGCUGAUCAAUCGGUGUUGAGCUUGAGACCUGGUGGCGGUCGUGGUAGACACCUUGGUCCUCGCUUCGACUCCUCCUCUUCCUCCACCGCGCCUUCUUCUCUUGCUUUCGGCUCCUUUUCUUCUGAUCUCCCUACCUUGCGCCCCCAUGGCGGCGGCGGCUCUGGUUUCUCCAUUAGGGCUGGAGACUCGCGAUUUGAGGGUCGUGAACGUGUGAGGUACACUAGAGAGCAGCUCUUUCAGCUUAGAGAGGCUGUUGAGGUUCCUGAUGAAAUUAUUAAAGUCAGACAAGAAGUUGAAGCCGAGUUUCUUGUUGAAAAUCAACCCUGGGUCCAUGAACCCAGAUUGCCAAAUCAACCAGCUCAUUAUCCUGAGCCAGACAACCGGGAUUGGCGCAACCGUCGUCCUGAGACACCUCGGGAGAAUAGGGAGCCUGGUAAUUACAAACAGCAGGAACCAAAUCAACAACAAUAUUCUAGGCCACAAAACCCUUCCAACCAAGUGGGAGGGAUAGUAAAAGCCGAGGUCCCAUGGUCAGCUAGAAGGGGUACCCUAUCUGACAAGGACCGUGUGCUGAAGACUGUGAAGGGGAUACUGAACAAGCUGACACCGGAGAAGUUUGAUCUCCUUAAAGGACAGCUAGUGAAAUCUGGGAUUACCUCGGCUGAUAUCCUAAAGGACGUCAUUGAAUUGAUCUUUGAUAAGGCUGUGCUGGAACCUACAUUUUGCCCAAUGUAUGCUCUUCUAUGCUCCGAUCUUAAUGAAAGGCUUCCCCGGUUCCCGUCAGAGGAACCAGAUGGAAAAGAAAUCACUUUCAAGCGUGUCCUCUUGAACAAUUGCCAAGAGGCUUUUGAUGGUGCUGACAAACUGAGGGAAGAAGUGCGGCAGAUGACCGCCCCUGAGCAAGAGAUGGAACGUAAGGAUAAAGAAAGAUUGGCUAAGAUUCGUACUCUGGGAAACAUUCGUUUAAUUGGAGAGCUCCUGAAGCAGAAGAUGGUACCUGAGAAGAUUGUCCAUCACAUUGUUAUGGAGCUCUUAGGACCUGACCCCAACAUUUGUCCUGCUGAGGAAAACGUGGAGGCCAUAUGCCAUUUUUUUACCACUAUUGGUAAACAGCUUGAUGAGAAUCAAAAAGCACGUCAUGUAAACAAGGGGUACUUUGACCGAUUGAAGGAACUGGCAGCAAACCCUCAGUUGGCUCCAAGGCUGAGGUUUAUGGUUCGUGAUGUAAUUGAUUUGCGCUCCAACAACUGGGUUCCCAGGCGUGAGGAGGUGAAAGCUAAAACCAUCAGUGAAAUACAUACAGAGGCAGAAAAGAAUCUUGGAUUACGUCCUGGUAGCAUUAGAACUGGUCGUGGCAACUUUUCUGGUACUCAAGGGAGUGCCAGCCCUGGUCCCUUCCCCAACAACCGACCUGGUUUAGGGGGUAUGAUGCCCGGUAUGCCUGGGAUUCCAGGAACCAGGAAGAUGCCUGGUAUGCCUGGAAUGGACAAUGACAAUUGGGAGGUGCCUAAGAAUCGGUCAAUGCCAAGAGGUGAUGGUUCUGGUAUGCAGCCAGCUGUGCGUGGGGGCCAGAUGCCAUUUAGUGGCAAGCCAACGUCUGUGAACACAAGGCUGUUACCUCAGGGUAGUGCUGGCCUCACUAGUGGCCGGCCUAGUGCCUUGUUGCAGGGUACUGGUGCCCCUCCUGCUCGGCCGACCAACUACCCUUUUGGCACCGAGUCUGUAGCUCAUGUUGCUGUGCCUGCUAGACCUGUUCCUACUGCUUCGGUACCUGUUGAAAAGCCACAAGCUCCAGCUGCAAAGUCGAAACUGGAUGAACUUAGGAAAAAGACAGUUUCCCUUUUGGAGGAAUAUUUCAGUGUGCGAAUUUUAGAUGAAGCAUUACUGUGUGUGGAGGAGCUAAAUUCUCCAGCUUACCACCCUGAGGUUGUCAAAGAAGCCAUCUCUCUUGCGCUGGAGAAAAGUACAUCCUGUGUUGAACCACUUGUGAAGCUUCUCGAGCAUUUGUUUUCUAAGAAGGUCUUUACAGCGAGUGACAUAAGGAGCGGAUGUUUGCUAUAUGCGUCUUUGCUGAGUGAUAUUUGCAUUGACCUGCCUAAAGCACCGAGUUAUUUUGGUGAAGUUCUGGCAAAAUUAAUUUUAGUUGGAGCUUUGGAUUUUAAGGCGGUAAAAGAGAUUUUGAAGGAGGUGGAUGACGAUUACUAUCAGAAAGCUAUAUUCAAUGCAGGACUGCAGAUUAUUGAUUCUAGCCCUUCGGGGCAAGCCGUGCUGGAUUCACAAGCAUCUGAUAUUGAGGCCUGUCGGAGUCUAUUCUAGAUGUUCUGGAACAUCUUUGCAGGAGCAACUCCAGUUUAUGUGACCAUUGUUUAUUGUUUCACCUCAUCCCAACGCCCUUACCCUUCACCCUUCUUUUUGGGUGGAACGACUGUACUAUUAGAUAAGGGUGGAGUCAGGACAGGUUAUUUUAAAAUUUUCUUUUUUGAGCUGUAUAUUUCCUGAGGACUGAGGUCAUAGUAGUGUGAGGAAAGAAAUCGAAUCAUAAAGGCAUGAAUUUUGCUCUCUAGGUGUGGCUAAUGAAAACCAUGUGCCAACUGGCUGGAGGAUAGUGGCCCUUGAAGAGAUCCAGUUGUUAUGUACUUGAUUAGUUUUGUUAUCAAUUUUUUGUUUUGUACUUGAUUAGUUAUUUGUUUAUUUUACUCAUUGCUGAACUUGGCUAGUUCAUAAGUGCCAUGCCUUGUCUUUUAUCUUCCACUAUAAUGGAACUUGUUCUGGUUUUGGGAUUU